AUGAAGGGCAUUCAGAAGGCCUUUGCGCGGACGCCGCAUAUGUUGUCCUCGAAGGUCGGCAUGUCGAAGAAGUCCAAUGACCCAGAAUUCGACGACUACUCCCGCCGGUUCGAGUCCAUCGAGAAGGCGACCGAGAAGCUGCUCAAGGACAGCAAGGCGUACACCGAGGCCGUCACAAACCUCUUCACGAACGGUGCCGACUUCGCCACCCACUUCUCCACUAUCUUCCACCCCUUAGGGAGCGAGUAUGCCUUGGAGUCAAAACACCCUGACGCAGAACACACCAUCGGCAACGUAGACGGAUAUGUGGCAGCGAUAGAGGAGCUCAAGGCGUCUGUCGUUCCCGAACUCGAGCUGAUCGACAGCCGUAUCGUCGGACCAAUCAAGGAGUUCCAGGGAAUCCUGAAGACUAUCCGAAAGAGCAUCACCAAGCGGGAACACAAGCUUGUCGACUACGACCGCUUCAAUACUUCGUUGACCAAACUUCGAGACAAGAAGGAGAAGACCCUGAACGAUGAGAAGAAUCUGUUCAAGUUGGAGCAAGACUUCGAAAUUGCCUCCACAGAGUACGACUACAUCAACACCGCCAUGAAGACUGAGCUGCCCCGCUUCCUCGUGCAAGCCACGCAGUUCAUUGACCCGCUAUUCCACUCCUUCUACUACAUGCAGCUGAAUAUCUUUUACCUGAUGCUGGAGAAGCUAAACGGCUUCGCGGAGGGCAAGUUUGAAGUGUCCGUCCCGGCAGCCCAGAUUGCCAGCGACUACGAGGCGCAGCGCAGCGAUGCGCUUGAGCGCAUCGAGGCCCUCAACAUUAGCAAGCGUCUUAUCUCUACUGCUCGCAUGGUGCAAUCACAGCGCCAAGGAUCUGGACUUGGCCCUCCCUCUUCCCUGGGGCGAUCUACCUCGACUUCCACCACGGGCAGCCGCUCCCCCUCCUCAUCGAGCUUCACCAAGAAGGCGCCCCCGCCUCCUCCCUCUUCAUCUGCAGCACCGCCCCCACCUUACUCGCCUCCAGCCCCCAGCGCAGGCAUUUCCCUCGCGGGGAAGAAGGCGCCACCACCUCCCCCGCCACUGAAGCCGAAGCCAAAGCCCGCGGUGCAAUACGUUGUCGCCCUGUACGACUUCGAGGCACAGGCCGACGGCGAUCUGGAGUUCAAGGCGGGCGACAGGAUCGAGGUCGUCGAGCGUACUGAUAGUGUUGAGGAUUGGUGGACUGGGCGUCUGGGUGGGCGCACAGGCGUGUUUCCAGGGAACUAUGUACAGGACACGUAA